UAUUAGUUCUGAGCCACGUUUUUCUUUAGUUUUUGGACAAAUAUUUUCAAUUUCUCAAAUUUAUUUUGACUUCUGCAACUCGUGUUGGCGAGAAGUCUUUUCUUAUUCAUCACCCAGAUGUAUUAAUUCCCAUGAUUUAUAUAUAGUCAUCUAAUUUCAAACUAAAUAGAAACAAAGUUUCUAUAUUUGUUUGACAUUGAUAUAACUUCAAGAACUUAAUUAUCAGCCAUGGAAAAGCAAAGCUCUGUUUCCGUCGUUUUGUUUCUUCAUGCAGCACUACUGAUCUCAACUUGUUUUGGAAGCAAAUCCUGGUCUUCAAAAAAACAAGUUGCCUUGUUCAUCUUCGGAGACUCUUACUUAGAUUCUGGCAACAACAACUACAUCAACACUACAACUCUCGACCAAGCAAAUUUCUGGCCAUAUGGAGAAACCUACUUCAAGUUCCCAACUGGAAGAUUCUCCGACGGACGUUUGAUGUCAGACUUUAUUGCUGAGUACGCUCACCUGCCAUUUGUUCCACCCUUUCUUCAACCGGGAUUUCGCCAAUAUUAUGGUGGCGCGAAUUUCGCAUCUGCCGGAGCUGGAGCUCUGGUGGAGACUUUUCAAGGCGAGGUCAUUAACCUUAAAACACAACUGAAGUAUUACAAGAAGGUAGAGACCUGGUUCAGACACAAGUUAGGCGAUGUUGAAGCCAAAGUGACACUUUCAAGAGGCGUCUACUUGUUCAACAUUGGAACCAACGAUUACAUAAGCCCUUUCCUAACCAACUCUCCCAUGUUAAAGUCCUACUCUCACUCACGAUACGUCGAAAUGGUUAUCGGCAACUUGACGAGCGUCAUCCAAGAAAUUUAUUCAGGAGGGGGUAGGAAAUUUGGGGUCAUCAAUUUGCUGGACUCGGGUUGUCUUCCGGGGGUCAGAAUAAUCAAGCCUGAAAAUAAUGGUAGCUGCUUAAAAGAGGUUUCGUCACUUGCCAAAUUGCAUAACAAAGCUCUCUCCAAACUUCUCUCCAAACUUCUCAUUCAACUUGGAAACCAGUUGGAGGGUUUCAAAUAUUCACUCUACGACUUGAACAGCAAUCUUAGAAAGAGAAUCAGGCAUCCCUCUAAAUAUGGUUUUAAGGAAGGGAAAACAGCAUGUUGCGGAACAGGUCAGUUUAGAGGAGUAUUUAGCUGUGGAGGGAAAAGAACAGUGAAGAAGUUUGAGUUGUGUGAGGAUCCAAAUGAAUAUGUGUUUUGGGACUCUUUGCAUCUCACUGAGAAGGUCUACAAGCAAUUUGCUAAUGAAAUGUGGAGUGGCCGGCCAUUGAACUCCAAGUCCACGACAGGUCUAUACAGUCUCAAGGAUCUCUUCCAAGACUUGUAAGUCUUUUGCAUCAAAUGUAACAUGCAGCCCAAAUUGGACACAUUAACUAUUAAUUUAUGGUAAACAUGUGCCUUAGAAACUUCAAAUUUUCAAUCUUUGGUUAUACAUUAAAAAAAAAAAAUUUUAUGAUUCCUCUACGCAAUAAUGUAAGUAAAUGAAUGAUAAAUUUACUUACGAAAAAUGAUAAUGUAAAGUAUGAGUCUCAUUUUUAGAAUUGAAUAAAGAAGUCGGUCCCACGUUGA